AUGGCCGGCGCUGGUGUUCCCGUUCCAGUUCGCUUCCGCUAUCUACCAGCAUGUCUCCCCUUUCACUCCGGAAAUCGAUACUUGGGCCUGAUCCGCCGUAACGCGGUCUACCUGACCACUAUCUUCGCCAGUGCCUUCGCCUUCGAGCUGACCUUCGAUACUGCCUCCAACAAGGUCUGGGAUUCUUUCAACCGCGGCCGCCAAUGGAAGGACAUUAAGCACCAGUACCUCAACAAGGCCGACGAUGAGGACGAUGAGUAAAUUCGGGUACAAUACUCGCCGUGUUACAUAUGAAAGAAUAGAAGUGGUGCUAGGGGGUUCAAAAUAUCCAUUCCCAUGUUAUACUAUAGCCGAGUGCCGGGAAGGAGAAGUGCUAUAACCCAGGGUGUUUGUACGAGAUAGAUUCGCAAUAACCUGUAACUUUUGUUUUUUC